AUGAACAAUCACACCAUGGUCAGGGACUUUGUUCUCUGGGGUUUCUCUCAUCUCCGGGAGUUCCAGAUCCUUCUGUUCCUGUUUGUCCUUUUGGUGUAUGUGCUGAUCAUGCUGGGAAACUUGUCUGUCAUCACAAUCACAUUCCUUGAUUCUCGUCUCCACUCACCAAUGUAUUUUUUCCUCUGUAACUUUUCCCUCAUGGAGAUGCUUGUUACCUCCACUGUUGUGCCCAGGAUGUUGGCUGAUCUGCUCUCCACACACAAAACCAUCUCCCUGGCUGAAUGCCUGACCCAGUCAUUCUUCUACUUUUCCCUGGGCUCCACUGAUUUCCUCAUUCUCACUGCCAUGGCCUUUGACCGUUAUGUUGCAAUCUGCCGUCCUCUGCACUACCCAACCAUCAUGAGUGGUCAGGUUUGUGUCAGGCUGGUGGUUGCAUGCUGGGUGGUUGGCUUCCUCUCCAUCGUUUCCCCCACCAUCCAAAAAUCCCAGCUCUGGUUCUGUGGUCCUAAUGUCAUUGACCACUUCUUUUGUGACUCUGCCCCACUCUUAAAGCUUUCCUGCUCAGAAACCCACCAUAUUGAACGCAUGGAUUUCUUCCUCUCUCUCCUUUUUGUAUUAACCACCAUGCUGCUAAUCAUGAUAUCCUACAUCUUUAUUGUGGCUUCAGUGCUUCGCAUUCCUUCUUCCUCUGGCCGCCAAAAGGCCUUCUCCACCUGUGCCUCACACCUCACAGUGGUGGUGCUUGGCUAUGGUAGUGCCAUUUUCAUUUAUGUGAGACCCAGCAAGGGCCAUUCCACAGACCUCAACAAAGUAGUGGCCUUAAUGACAGCUGUGGUGACCCCAUUCCUCAACCCUUUCAUCUUCACCUUUCGGAAUGAGAAGGUCAAGGAGGUCAUUGAAGACAUUGUCAAAAAGAUACUUUCCAAAGACUCAGAAGGCUUCAGAUAA